UCAACCAAUCAUAGUCGAGUAGACUGGGUUUGUCUGAAUUCGGUUGGAAAUAAAAUAACGGCAUGACAUUGUGGGGUCGCGUGUACCCAGAAUGUCCCAUUUGGGUAAAAUUAGAGGGGUGGUCGUUAUACCAGGUCACGUACAUUAGUAUAUUUUACAAAUGCAUGCAGCAAGAACAUUUUACAUUUACAUUAUUAGUUAAUUAAAUGCUGUUUAAUGCAGUAAGUUCUACCUUUAACAUAUAAGCUUAAAACUACAUUGUAUGAAUAGUCUCCCCCACCAUCUCCGUAAUUGUUAGACCCUACUUCCCUAAGCGCUCGCUCACCGUUGCAUUGUGGGUACUUUAAAAAAUGGCGGCGGCCUGUUGGAGGUAUGCUUGGCGACCGCUAUGGCAAAUUACUUCAGGACCAGGGAGGUUAAAAGCUGCAGUGCGAUAUGUUUCUUCCAGCGUCCAGAAAGUCAAAACCGCAAAUUCACAGUCGCCCUGGGUCCUACAUGGUGCCGUGUGCUUACAGAGACUUCCGGUCAUCUCUCAGGACCUGAGCCCGGUUGAGGAGAAGUUCAUGGAGCUCAUGCGCCAGAUGGAGCUGGAGAGAAGCCUGCUCUCGGACCAUGAGCUGCGGCUGUUGGAGGAUGCCGAACGCAUGAGCCGCAAACAGGAUGCCGAUUAUGACUCGGAUGAUGAAGAAGGCUACGGAGGUCAAGAGAUCGUCACAGCUCAGGAUUUGGAGGACACAUGGGAACAGAAACUCAAGCUAUUCCAACCUGCUCCGAGAAUGAAAGCUUCUGACACCACAGAUGUGAGCUCGGCUGAGCGCUGCCUGGGAGACAGCGUGGUGCUGCUGGUGAAGCAGGAUGUUGGCUCUCAGAAGGUUUGGCUUCUGCCUCAGUUGCCGUGGGAGGCGGGAGAGACGCUGAGGCAGACUGCAGAGCGUGCCCUCACCAGUCUGCCAGGCGCAAAAUUGAGCGCAACCUUCCUCGGCAAUGCGCCUUGUGGAUUUUACAAAUACAAAUUCCCCAAAAGCAUCCGGACCGAGAACCGAAUAGGAGCCAAGGUGUUUUUCUUCAAAGCCCUGCUCUCUGGUAGCGACAGUCUGCCACUGGAGAAAGACUCCUUCGUGUGGGCGAGAAAGGAUGAGCUCCAGGAUUAUCUCAAGCCAGAAUACCUGAAACAGGCCCUCUCCCACAUAGCAAGAGCUGGAUGUUCUUGAAGAUACCACUGAUUUACUGAGCAACUUCCUCUACAAAACCCCACUGGGAGGCAGUAGUGAGUUGUUGAAUUGAGAAAAGGCAGUUUUGAGGAAGUAAGAGUGAUGUUCUAUUAUGCCAUACCGCCCAGACAGUAAAUUCUUCCCUCGUCAAACACCUACAGUACACGCUUUUAAUAUAGCUCACUCCAAAGCAUCAAACACUCAGUGGCGUUUUGUGCUGAAUGUGCACAAACAGGGAUUAGCGAAACUAUGACUUAUUGGACUAUUCGAUUGUGUAGGUGUCAGAAAAUUGGAGCUUGACAUAUUUUAGUCAGCAUUUCGGGACAGGCUGUUCUAGUAUAUGUUAAGUAUUCAUUUUCAAAACCACACACAAACAAUAAAACAGUAUGGUGAUGAUUUGUGACAGCUUUUGUGUGUGCGCGCGAGUGUGUGUAUGACAGAUAAGUUUGACAUAUCACCUGUGUGUACGAACAUCGUUCCAAACUCCAAUAUCUCAAUUUUCCACUGAGGUUUUUCACUCAUGAAUUACCAAAACCACAACAGAGCAGACAGUCAACAGCAAACAUACCAGAGUGCACUCAGGCUUUAAUGCAGCAAUAUUCGAGAAUUAAAUAGACAAGCCCAAGGUCAAAAACUUGGUCAAUAAAAUCAACUGCAGGCUAUUGAAAGAAUUCAGGAAGAGGAGGGCUGAACGAUUCUUGAUGAAAAUAGGAAUAUCACAUUUUUGGCUUGGAAGGGAUCAUGAUUCUUUGACUAAUUUUAUAUUUGUUAAAUUCUUACAUUAACAGACUGAUUUUAAUAAGAUUUUUAUGUCCAGUACUAGGUAGAGGUAGCAUUGAAGGUACUGUGAAUACCUGAAGUUAAGUACUUGUGGUUUUUUUUCUGAAAUAUUAAAAGUUUAAAUGAUAUGUUCCAGUUCCACCUUGUACUUGUUUUCACUCUGGGGCCCAGACACACCAAGUUGAUUGUCACCCUUAGUGUUUGCGAUAGUGGGCCCCAUACCAGUGACACUAAUUGUCCAUGUCGGUGCACUUUAGCACCAAUUGAAUCAGCAUCAGAGGCCAGUGUUGAGAAAUAUUCUGACUAUGUGGUUAGCUGAAUGAAGGGUAGGUUGGCUGGCUUGUACCUCCCAAGCCACAUACUACACUAAAUAUUGUUACAUACCUAUGAUCACUAUAGGCACUGAUACUGGUAAACUUUAGGUGGUAUUCUAUUUUGACAUACUACUGGCUUAGCGGUUUGCAUGUUUGCCUCAUAGCUCUGGGCUUGGGGGUUCAAUUCUUGCCUCCAUCUGUGUGUUCACCUGUGUGUGCAGAGUUUGCAUGUUCUCUCAUGCUUUGGGGGUUUCCUCCCCCAGUCCAAAGACAUGCGUUGUAGGUUCUAGGCUGAUUGGCAUCUCUAAAUUGUCCAUAGUGUCUGAAUGGGUGGGAGUGUGUGUGCGAUUGUGCCCUGCAGUGGGUUGGCACCCUGUCCAGGGUGUCCCCUGCCUUGUGCCCUGAGUCUCCUGGGAUAGGCUCCAGGCUUCCUGCGACCCUAUGUAGGAUAAGCGAUACAGAUAAUGGAUAUAUAUACAUAGUGCUGUAGUGUGUGAAUCGAGAAGUAGACUUUUCCCAUAGGGUCUUUCACAGUUCUUUUUUUACAUUAUGAAUACAGACUAAUGCCACCCCUUGGUGUGGAGUAAUUUUUUUU